UUGCCUAGUUUGGUACCUCAUAUUGGCAUGGAAUUUAGAAAUUCAGAUGAGGCAUGAGCAUUUUGGCUUACCUACAGUGGACAAAAAGGAUUCAAGGUCCGAAAAAGGUAUACAAACAAGAGGCCAACAGAUGGCAUGGUUACAUCAUGUAGAUUUGUUUGCGCGAAUGAAGGUCAUCGAACACAAGACAAAAGGGAUUAUUUAACAAAGUGCCCUCGAGCUGAAACUAGAACCGAUUGUCAAGUCUACAUGAAUCUUAAAAUGGAUCGAAAGAAGGAAAAUCUGAAAGUGUCUGAGUUGGUUUUGGAACACAAUCACACACUACACCUGCCAGAAACCUUACACCUAAUGGUAUCACAAAGGAAAAUUUCAGAGUUGCAAGCAUUUGAAAUUGAAACGCGGAUGAUGCAGGAAUUGGGCCAAAAGCUGCACAUGAAUUGGCUAGUCGCCAAGUUGGUGGAUCACUCAAUCUUAGUUAUACCCUCCGUGAUCACAAGAACUACUUGCGUACCAAGCGCCAACGAGAAAUGGCAUAUGGUCAAGCAGGCAGCAUGCUUAAAUAUUUUCAAGACAAAAUUGCUGAAAACCCGUCAUUCCAAUAUGCAUUGCAAAUGGAUUGUGAAGAACAAAUAGCAAACAUAUUUUGGGUUGAUGCAAAGAUGAUCAUGGACUAUGCACAUUUUGGUGAUGUUGUCAGUUUUGACACUACUUUUGGAACAAAUAAGGAGAGCAGACCCUUUGGUGUGUUUGUCGGUUUCAACCAUUUUAGAGAAACUGUAGUUUUUGGUGCUGCUCUCAUGUAUGAUGAAACAUUUGCAUCCUUCAAGUGGUUGUUUGAGGACUUUCUAAUAGCUCAUAAAGGAAAGGGGCCUAAAACAUUCUAUACUGAUCAAGAUGUUGCAAUGGGAAAGGCAGUUGGGGAAGUGUUUACAUAAGCAUGGCAUGGAUUAUGCACCUUUCACAUUAUGCAAAAUGUUGUCAAACAUCUACGUGAAGAGAAGGAUGAAGAGCUGAAUGAAGAGAAGAAAAAAGAGAAGAAAAGGGGGAAGAAAAAAGGGAAGAAGAAAGAGAAAAAUGAAGAGAAGAAUGAAGAGGAGGAUGAAGACACAAGUAUUCUAUCUGAUUUUAGCGCGUGCAUGUUUGAGUAUGAAGACAUUGCAGAAUUUGAACAGAAGUUUGACCUCAUGAGGAAAAAGGUGAGUAAGCAAACCUGGUUGGAUAGUAUAUAUAAGUUAAAAGAAAAAUGGGCUGAAUGUUAUAUGAAGGACAUCUUCACAUUAGGAAUGAGAAGUACGCAAUUGAGUGAGAGUUUGAACAAUGACUUGAAAAUCCAUUUCAAAUCUGAUUUUGAUAUCAUCCGGUUCUUUAAGCAUUUUGAAAGGGUUGUGCAAGGGAAAAGGAAUAAUGAACUGAAUUCAGAAUUUGAAUCAAGGAAAAAGUUGCCUAAAUUAUUUAUGAAGAGACCACCACCUAUAUUGGUGCAAGCUAGCAAGUUGUAUACACCAUGUAUAUUUGAAGCUUUUCAAGGCGAAUAUGAAAUAUCCUUAUCAGCUUGUACCAAAGCAUUGGAUGGUUGUAAUGAAUAUCUUAUUGGAGACUUUACCUAUGAGGAGGAGUAUAAAGUUAUCGGCGAUCCUUUGAAGCAAACAGUUGAGUGCAGCUGCCGGCAGUUUGAUAGAAUUGGGAUAUUAUGUGGCCAUGCCUUGAAAAUUCUUGAUUUGAUGAAUAUCAAGUCACUACCGGCACAUUAUGUGUUAAAGCGAUGGUCACGAGAAGCACGAAGCGGAACUGUACAAGACAACAUGGGAAGAAAUAUAAUCGCAAAUCCAAAUAUGGAUGCCAUUCUUGGCUACCGAUAUAUGCCCCUCAAAUUUCAAAAUUUGGCACAUCGAGCAGCCAACUUUCAAGAAUGCAUCGUGUUAGUAGAUAGCACACUUGACAUGCUUGGUAAGCAGAUUGAAGAAAAAAUUAGUGCAUGUACAAGCACAUCUGGGUACCCAUGUACUAUUCCCACAAAUGCUAGCCCACCAAAUGACUUGUUGGCUAAUGCACGCCUAAAGAAAAAGGAUAUCGAAACAAAAAGUGCUAAACGAAAAAGAAAUUGGCUUGAGAUGAAGCACAAGGCUAGGAAAAAGAGAGAACAAAACUACAUCACAGUUCGAGGAAGAGGUAUGUUUCUAAAUAACUAUUGUCUUUUCAAUGUUAAUAUUCUGCCCAUUAAUUCUCAUAAUCCUCAAAUUUUCUUUCAUUAGAAGAAACAAGAGGUUG